AUGGUUUCAUUGCUUGAAGAUCAACCUAAUAUUAAAUUCUCUUCUUCGGACUGUCUGGAAAGUGACCAACAAGACAACCUCAUGCAGACACAAGGGGACCCAAGCUCCCCAGCUCAGCAAACUGAUAAUCCCAGUUUCAGUUGCCAGUCGUAUGAUCCAGACAGCAGGACAGAAAGAAAAAGUUCAGAAUCUUCUCACAGCCCAAGUCCCUCUUCUCCAACCCAGGAUCAAAUCCAUGGGAGAUUUCCUGCCAACCAAGGAAUUCACUCUGGCAAGUGCAAAUUUAAAGUCUCUCCCAACGCUGAGAAAUUCAGAAGGUAUAGCUAUGAAGAAAGCACUGCAGGAAACUAUGGCAGGUUCCUCAAGAGCAGCAGGAACCCCUUCCAUCCUUAUAAAAGAGAGUUCAGUGAAGAUGUCUUCCAAGAUACUCAUCCAGCCCUCACACUGGAUAGUAAUUCCUUCAAAAAUGCAAGAAGCGUUGAGGGUUUUGAAGAGCUACCAGGAUCUACAGGCACUAGAGAGUCAGAGUCCUUUCCCACACAUAUUCAGAACAUUUCCACAGAACCGACAUGGUGCAACAAUCUCCAGUACAACCCCACAGGCCAAGAUCACAGUUCCCAAGUCAUGCGGGAUUCAGAGGUCAAGCUUAAGACACCUCCACUGGAAGGGCAGCCCAGUCUAUACUGUUACCAGCCUCCAGUACAGCAAAUGUACUGCCCCUCACACCCAUUUCACCAGUAUUCCUCAGGAGGCAGUUAUCCUGUAACCUAUAUUACCUCAUCACACUAUCCUUACCAGAGAAUCGCUCCUCAAGGGAGUCAAGAAUCCCAGCAGCCUCUGUUUCCUAAACCCAUCUACUCCUACAGCAUCCUGAUCUUCAUGGCGCUCAAAAACAGCAAAACAGGGAGUCUCCCGGUCAGUGAGAUUUACAAUUUCAUGACGGAACACUUUCCUUACUUUAAGACAGCUCCAGAUGGUUGGAAGAACUCUGUACGCCAUAACUUAUCCUUGAACAAAUGCUUUGAGAAAGUUGAAAACAAGUCAGGUGGCUCUUCUCGGAAAGGCUGUUUGUGGGCACUGAAUCCAGCCAAAAUUGAUAAGAUGCAGGAAGAGCUUCAGAAAUGGAAGAGGAAAGAUCCAGUUGCUGUGAGGAAGAGUAUGGCAAAGCCAGAAGAACUUGACACAUUGAUAGGAGACAAGGCUGAAAAACUAAGAUCUUCAAUCGUGUCCUGCAAUCCAACUGGUGUGGCAAGUUCAGCAGUUUCCAGACAGAUGUCAGUCCAGCCCCAUUCUCUGUCUGAGUCAUCCCCGUCGUCUAAUAUCCAACAGCCUUUACACACCAUUCACACAACAGGACCUCUACGUGCCAAGAACGCACUACCAAGUUUGCUUGGAGGGCACCAAACUCCAUGUUAUACAUCACCACAGGUUUUCCCUCAGAUCUCACCUACCUUAAUGCAACAAUCACCUGGUAUCCCUCAGAGCAUCUUCCCUUCUGCAGAUACUCAAAUUGAACUCAGAGCACAACCUAGCACCACCCAAGACUCACCCUUGCCAGCCCAGACCCCUCCCAUACAUGGUAUGAAGAUGUUGACAGAGCACUCCACAGCCAGGACAAUGCAGGACACACUCAUGCAAGAAGCAGACAUGAGCAAUGAUAUUGAUGCUCUUAACCCUUCCCUGAUUGACUUUGAUCUCCAAGGAAAUCUUUGGGAAGAACUGAAAGAUGACAGCCUGGCUGUGGAUCCCUUGGUUCUCAUUUCAACAUCCCCAAUAUCCUCUCAGUGCUUCCCUUCUCACUAUCAGAUGGAUAGUAACAGCAGCAAUAACCUCACCACCCAGAAUAGCAAUCCACAUAGCAGCUUACCUGACUUACAACUCACUACGCUUUACUCUGCCUUUAUGGAAUUGGAUACAGUGUCCACAGCCUACUUGAAUAAUUCUGGAUCCAAGCCUAUAGCACUAGUGUGA